AUGGUGGCGGGGCUGGCGCCACUGCGGGCCAUGUGCCGCAGGCUGCAGGACGGGCUCGCGCAGGCGGCGGCGAGGAGGUGGGGGCCAGACGGCGAGAUCGAGGCAUGGACGCUUUCGUUCGCAGAUCCGAACGUGGAGGACGGGUUCCUGCGCGGCAGCCGCGACCAGCUCCGGACGUCUUAUCGUCGCGUCAUCGUCGUCGUAUUCCUCGGGUUGGCGGUCUUGGCUCGCGAAAGCGCUGUGGGCGACGAGGGCGCCUCCCCGACAAAGGAAGCGCGCAGCAUUCGGGAAUGGCAGCUCUACCUCGAAGUCGCGUGCGAGGGGGGGAAGCUGCUGUCGCUGAUCGCAGCACUCGUGCUGUCGGACUGCGGCCUGAUAGGCACACGUGGGUUAGAGGUUGGGGUAGUUGUCGCCGUGGUAGUCGCCGAAUGUCACGCCUGCGUAACGAUGAAGCACUACGUUGCUAAGGCAUUCGGCUACGAAGAUCCAAGUGCUGUGUGGAGGCAGGACCUGGCUGGUUCUGACGCUCCUUUCUUGUUGAGCCUUACUUUAUGUGUCGCAGGGUCAAGCAUGAUGGUCAGAUGGAAGACACUCGUCCCCCUCGCAUUGUUUUCUGUGUGCGGAUACGCGGCCGCAGCCUUCAUUCUCGAUGGCCCAGACAGGAGGUUAGCACCAGUCAAUUUGCUCUUGUUCGCACUUGUAGUGCUGGUUACGUGCUGUGGGAAGCGGAACUCCGAGUUUCAGACCCGCCUGCUCCACUUAUCGUACCUGAAGGAGAAGCAGAUGCGUUUCCGUGCCGAGUUUUCCCUCGAAUGUGUGAAGGACCGUGACGACCUAUGCGUGCAGAUCGGGAGCCACAUACGAAGUUCGUCCUACCUCCGACAGGCCAUGAACGAUGUGCCGUCCGACUGGGAUGGCAUACCGUCUGCGGCUCGCUCAGAAAGCUCGCAGCAAGCUGUCCCACGCGCGUGCUUGAGCAACCCCGCCGGUUUCGUCCAGACCGGCGCUGGCUGCGAGGCCGAGGCCGCCGCCAUCAGCAGCUCGGACUGCUUGCCGCUGGACGCCAGCGUGUGGGUCGAGGGCCGAGCCAGCUCCUGCCCUUUGCGAGAUCUUGAGCGAGGCCAGCGGGUGCUGUGUUACGACCUGCUGGGCCGCUCGAUCAGAUACGUCGAGGUGGUCGAGAAGCAUACCAAUGUUCGAGAGGUCCCGUGGAUCAGCGUGAGCCUCGACGACGGGACACAGGACGACGUGGCGGCGGAGCAGCGCGUGCAGCUGGCAGACCAGAGAGACAUGGCUCGGGCGCCGGGCCCGUGCCCAGGAAGAGACGGCGUGGUCGUGCAGAGGCCCUCGACGCUGCCCGCUCCGGCCCUGCCCGCCGCGGUCGAGGCGGUGUCGCAGCAGCCAGGGGCGCAGGGCGCGUGCGGGCGGGCCUGCGUGGCGGUGCGGCAGCCCGAGCGGCAUCUGGUUCUCGUCGCGGGAGCGGGGGCGGGGGCGCAGACGGGCGCGCGGCCGAUGGCGGCGUGCCCCGCGGCCGCGAACGGUGCCUGUCGGACGCGGCACGUGGUGAGCCCUCGCGGCACAAUCCUGCGGGUCCAGCCGCCCUCGGAGACCCCGAGCCCGAGUGUGACCCGGUCUCGGUCGGAGCCGCCAUGUGAGAUCGAUCUUCGGAGGACGCUCCGCUCCCUGACCCGACUCAUCGCCCGGCCCAUCGGCAUCGACAUUCGCGUCGAGAUUCGCUUGAUCGCCGCGUUCCUGCCCGCGAUCACGGCCAUCAUUGCCAUCUCCGUUCCGCUGACCAUCAUCGCCGCCAACCGCCGCCGGCUCCCGCUGCCGCCCUGCGUCGCCGGGCUGUUCGCCGGCGACCCGGAGCAGGCCCCGCUGGCCGCCACGGACGUCGUGGAGGUACGGGUCCGAGUGGCCAGCGGGUUGCGGCUGUGCGUCCUCGAGGCCAGCCCCGCGCGCCAGGGGUGGCUCGUCGAGCGCGCGGUGGAGGCCCCGGGCGGCUCCCGCGAGGCCGACCCGUACGGCGCCGCGCUGUGGCCGUCGGCCCAGGUGCUGGCGCAGGCGGUCGCGGCCCACGCCAGCGCGCUGCGAGCCAGGGGCGCGCAGGUGCUUGAGUUGGCGGCGGGCUGUGGGCUUGGUUCCAUGACCGCCGCCUCUCUGGGCGUGCGCGCGCUCGCGACGGACCUCCGGCGCCUGCCGCUCCGGCUGUUGGAGGACGCGGCGCAGCGCCCGCACGCGUGGCCGGCCUUCCCGCGGCGGCGGGGGCCGCGGAUAUUCGACGUGCGCGACAGCUCGGUGGCCUUGCCGGCUGGAGACCUGGUGAUCGCCGCCGACAUCCUAUACAACAGGGACACUGCCUUGGCCGUGGCCGGCCGCGUCGCUGAGGCACGCCGCCGCGGCGGCGCCGUGCUGCUCGCCGACGUCAGGAGAGGCCCGGCAACCGGAGCGCCUUCCUCGAGGAGCUGCGGCGGCUGCUGCCGGACGAGCCUGAUCGCGGAUUUCCGUUGCCACGGCCUGGCGGUGCAGCGCACCAGCAGGCGCGGCCGCGCCGCCGCGGGCGCCACCACGGCCGAGGAGGCGCGCCACGGCCCCGCGCCGCAGCGCCGCGAGGUGGCCGUCGACGUGCUCGAGCUGCCGUCGGGCGGCCCCGCCGAGUCGGCGCUGAGCCCCGGGCGCCCGUGCGUGGCGGCGCGGCCGCGGGCUGCGGGCGCGGUGAGCCUGCUGGAGCCGGCGGACCUGCAGAGCGGGGCGCCCGCCCGCCUGGGGCCGGACACCGUGCAGUCGGCGGUGGACAUCCUGCAGCUCGGGCCGUCGCUGCCCGUGGUGGACUACGUGCGCCUUGGGCUCGUCGCUGUCGGUGCUGGUCGCCGCUGUCGGCGCUUAACUUUGUGCACAUUGGACUCGUCGCUGUCCUUGCUGGGCAUCGUGACUUUGUGCAGCUUGGGCUCGUCGCUGUCCCUGCUAGGCUUCGUGCAGCUUGGGCUCGACGCUGUCCGUCCUGGACUUCCUGCGCCUUGGGCUCGCCCCUGUCAGCACUGGACUUCGUGCAGCUUGGGCUCGUCGCUGUCCGUGCUGGACUUCGUGCAGAUUGGGCUCGUCGCUGUCGGUGCUGGACUACGUGCAGAUUGGGCGCGUCGCUGUCCUUUGUGGGCUACGUGUGCCUUGGGGUCGUCUCUGUCGGUGCUGGACUUUGUGCGCCUUGGGCUCGUCGCUGUCCGUGCUGGGUUUCCUGCAGCUUGGUUGGGCUCGUCGCUGUCCCUGUUAGGCUUCGUGCAGCUUGGGCUCGACGCUGUCCGUGCUGGACUUCCUGCGCCUUGGGCUCGCCCCUGUCAGCACUGGACUUCGUGCAGCUUGGGCUCGUCGCUGUCCGUGCUGGACUUCGUGCAGAUUGGCUCGUCGCUGUCGGUGCUGGACUACGUGCAGAUUGGGCGCGUCGCUGUCCUUUGUGGGCUACGUGGUGCCUUGGGGUCGUCGCUGUCGGUGCUGGACUUUGUGCGCCUUGGGCUCGUCGCUGUCCGUGCUGGGUUUCCUGCAGCUUGGGCUCGUCGCUGUCCGUGCUGGACUUCCUUUGCCGUGGGCCCGCCACUGUCGGCGCUGGAGUUCGUGCAGCUUGGGCUCGUCGCUGCCCGUUCUGGACGUCGUGCAGGUUGGACACCUCGGUGCCCGUGCUGGACUUCCUGUGCCUUGGGGUCGCCCAUGUCGGCGCAGGACUUCGUGCAGAUUGGAUCGUCACUGUCCGUGCUGGACUUCGUGCACAUUGGGCGCGUCGCUGUCAUUUGUGGACUACGUGUAUAUUGGGGUCCUCGCUGUCGAUGCUGGACUGUGUGCCUAUUGGGCGCGUCGCUGUCCGUUCUGGAUGUCGUGCAGAUUGGGCGCCUCGCUAUCCGUGUUGGACUUCCUGUGCCUUGGACAUGUCUGCACUGGACUCCGUGCAGCUUGGGCUCGUCGCUGUCCGUGCUGGACUUCGUGCAGAUUGGGCUCCUCGCUGUCGGUGCUGGACUACGUGCAGAUUGGGCGCGUCGCUGUCCUUUGUGGGCUACGUGUGCCUUGGGGUCGUCGCUGUCGGUGCUGGACUUUGUGCGCCUUGGGCUCGUCGCUGUCCGUGCUGGGCUUCCUGCAGCUUGGUUGGGCUCGUCGCUGUCCGUGCUGGACUUCCUGUGCCUUGGGCCCGCCACUGUCGGCGCUGGUUGGAGUUGGCAGUUCUUAUGCGGCAGAAGCUCGAAGCAGACCAGUGCGAAGCCACCUGCCACAAAGAAAGCCCUCAAGCUCAGGAUACGUGUCCCCGCAGAGCGGGCUCCCCAGUCGGCCGAGAAGCGCUGCACCAUCCAUGGCCCCGCUCUGCAGGACCAAGCUGCCAUGAGCACCGCGCCCCCCAUGGUCUGCACGCACGCCACGGUCGGUGGCGUGACAGGGCCGCCGUACGGCAUCAGCCCCGAGGGCAAGGCGAACGAGGUUCGACGUGCUCUCCGCUCCACCAGCCAGCACCCGUUGGCCAAGCAGUGGGAGGUCGACCGAGCAGGCCGCCGAGCGGUGGCUCAUCAUGGAGCUGCCGUGCCUGAGGGAGUGCGUGCUGCGUUGGCGAAUGGUGGAACGUCCAACACGAUCGAUGGUCUGAAGUCCCACGUUGGUUUCGUCAGCAAGGGCUCUGGCGUGGCCUCGGAGGUCGAGGCGCCCGAGCGCACGCGGAAGGCGGAAGGUGGACAGCCUAACAGCGGGCGCGGAUGUGGUGCACAGGGGCGGCGAAUCGUGGAGGGCGAUGGCACAUGGUUGAGUAUGAAAUUGGCGCAGGUUGGCAAGGAUUGUGUUGCGAGCAUGGUGGCUGACCGGCACGAGCCGAAGUUGUACGGGAAGCUGAUGGUCGACAGGUUCCGCAUCCAGGAGCUCGAGGAUAAGUUGGGGGUCUUGCCGAUUGAUGUGGAGGCGGUGGUGUUCAGCCGUGCAGCUGAUCAACAGCCAGUCCUGGAGCACGCCGUCGAGAGCACGGACGAUGAGCUGCAGGACAUACCGAUAAACGGCAUGAAGUUGGAGUGCGUUCAGGUCCAGUCCACGGCGCUUGCGGUCGGUGUCAGCUCUAUUGGCAGCGACGUCCAUAGCCCGAGGCAUGCCGAUUCCGCCGACGGCCGCUCCGUGAAGCCGAAGCGCAGAGGCCAGGGUGCGCGCAGGGCGCGGAGAAAGGCUGCCGAGGAAGAAGACGUGGCUGGGCUGAGCACAGCGCAGUCUGAGGCGCGAUUGGCCCGAGCCGUUGCCGAGCGCGCAGCUAGUGGCGAGGCCGUGCAGGUGCUCAUCGGCUUUGCCCUGACGCUUACCGUUUGCAGGUGCCCCGACUGCGGAGUAUGCGAGUACAACGCCGAGCUGAACAAGGCAGGUGCGGACGCCGCCGCGGCAGAGGCCAAGGUCAAGGAGGCCCAGGCAGUGAAGGAGAAGCAGAUCGCGGACGAGGACCCGCGGAAGCAGGACGGCUGCAGGCCCGACGGUGGCAGCCGCGGCCAGCUGAGGGCGGCGCGGGCGGCCGCCCGCGCGUCCCCGAGCGCCCGAGGCGCGGGCCGGGCGCCCCCCCGGCUCGGGCCGCUGACGGGGCGCAGGAGACCGUACUGGCAAGCAGUCUACCACUCCACCGCGGGGGAGUGCUGCAAGCGCCCAAUGCAGAUGCCAGGAGAGGCGCAAGAGAUCACAGGCCAGACUGACCUCAAAGCAACGCGGGGUGCCUCCCCGAAAGCCGGAUGGCUGGAGGAGAGGUUUCUGCACCAGACAAUCAGCGACAAGCUGGUUGCAUCGCUAGUAUGGCACUGGCUCGGGCAGUCUACUGUUAACAUCGCGCGCCUGCUCAAGGAUUUCUCGCGCGCGCCCGCAGGGGCGGUGGGUCCGCCACCGGGUGAAUGGGGCCAGGAUGGGGCCGAGACCUCGUUGCAGCAGGUGUCCCCGGCCGUGAUCCAGAGGAUGCUCAGAACCGGCCUCCGGGCGGCCCACGGGGAGUCGUUGGAUGGCCAUGCGGGGUGCUCGCAGGGGUGCAGGGCCAGUCCGAGCCAGGCGGGAGUCGGGGGUGCGAGACUCGAGGCCCUCGAGGAUCCUGGCAAGGUGCUGAGGUCCCCAAUGGAUUCGGAGAGAUGUAGCCAGAACUUGAUCCUGAGCAGGUGGUCCAGCAUGCUGGCCAGGGGCGCCGAGAUUUGCCACUGCAGCGCAGUCUGCCCCGCAUGGCAGGGCCGCUUCGCCCAGGAAGGGAAGGCCGCGUCCGUCGGCAUAGUCCGCUCGCAGCAGGUGCCCAAGUGGCAGCGCAAGAUGUGGAACGGCGGCCGAAAGAAUGGCCCCGUUCUCUCCAUGCUCGGCGGGACGGCGAGCGUGAAGAGGUGGAAGAAUUUGGCUUCCAUUUGGAGGCUCGUCUUCGCGAUGAUCGGCAACGCGCUCCUGCUCCGCAGGGCCGAGCUGCUUCACCGGUUCGCCGCCUUCCAGGGCCCCGACGACCCGCGCCUGUUCCAUUGCCUCGAGCUGCUGGGCAUGGCGGCCAAUUUCCGAAUUCUGGCGGCCAAGCUGAGAUACGCGCCGUUGUCUCAGAAGAGUUCGGGUCUGCUCGCCAUGCUCGCAGCCUGCACGGGCACCUGGAGCAACUGGCGGAAGGUUCGCCGCAAGAAGUGCGGCACAAAACCGUUCCUCACACUGAUGGAGCCAGCGCGAAGAUAG